CCUGUUCUAAUAGCCUCGUCUCAAGGUGGUGUUUCAAUUGAAGACGUUGCUGCAUCUAGUCCAGAAGAUAUUAUUUAUGAACCAAUCACAAUUACUUGUGGUUUAACUAGAGAAAAAGCUUUUAAAAUCGCACAUGCUGUAGGUUUAUGUGAAGCAGCAUGUCAAAUAACAGAAAUGUUGUUAAAUAUGUACAAAUUGUUUUGUGAAAAAGAUGCUCUUUUAAUUGAAAUCAAUCCAUAUGCUGAAGAUGCAAUUGAAGGGUGUAAGUGUUACUAAGAAUUUUCGGAAUUUCUUUUUUUGAUUGGAGCUUAAUUUUUUCUCAAUUUC